AUGAUUAUUUUGUACUAAUAUAUUCAAUUGAAUUCACAUUGUUGUUCCUCUUGUGCCUUUCUAACAUUCCCUCUGGCUCCUUCACAUACAUACAUACAUAAUAUCCUCUUACAUGUUUCUUCAUUUUCUUUGUCUACUCGACACACACACACAUUAAUUCAUUUCUUCUCCUACUCAUGAGUCAUGACAUAAUAAUGCACACAAAUUGCAUUGCUUAUGCAUAUAUAUAAAUAAUAGUAUGGUAUAACACAUUUCAUUUGUUGAGGCAAUUUCAUUGUAUCUAAUCUAGCUAGCUAGCUAUUUUGUGUUUGGUUAUAAGUUUAAUCAUUUCUUAUCUCUCAAAUGGCUCAAUUGCCACCAAAGGUUCCAAUUCCAAACAUGACACCAACUUGGCCUGAAUUUUCUUCACACCAAAAAUUACCUACCCUUAAAACCUUAUUGUCACCAAAUGCUUCAAACUUUCAAAACAAUCAACAAAAUCCUUCAUGGGUGGACGAGUUUCUAGACUUCUCAUCCGCCAGACGAGGAGUCCACAGACGGUCUGCGAGCGACUCCGUCACCUUCAUAGAGACAUCAAUGAUGGAGCAUUGUCGCCGUAGAGACGGUGACAAUGAGUUUGAAAGGUUUGAUGAUGAACAAUUGAUGUCUAUGUUUUGUGUGGACGAGGUUUCGGGGAAAAACAUGAUGCCGCCACCAUCAGCAACAGCUGCAUUGUCUUCUAACUCUAACCCUUCAACUCCUUCUGAUCAUAACAGCAUCAAUGAUGACAAAGAAGAGGAGGAAGAUGAGGAAAAACAACAACAAUUGAAGCAUGAAUUUGAUGAGGAUGAAAUUAGUGAAGGCAAACAAGAAACUGCACGUAUUGUCAAUGAUGAUGAUGACGACGACAAUAAUGCAAAUCGAACAAAUUUUUCAAGUCAGAAAAUUACUGACCCCAAGAGGGUUAAAAGAAUCUUGGCAAAUAGACAAUCUGCACAAAGAUCAAGAGUGAGGAAGUUACAAUACAUAUCAGAACUUGAACGAAGUGUGUCUUCAUUACAGGCUGAGGUAUCAGUACUGUCACCAAGAGUUGCAUAUUUGGAUCAUCAGAGAUUGCUUCUAAAUGUUGAUAACAGUGCUCUCAAGCAAAGAAUCGCAGCACUUGCCCAAGACAAAAUCUUCAAAGAUGCUCAUCAAGAAGCAUUGAAGAGGGAGAUAGAGAGACUGAGGCAAGUGUAUCACCAACAAAACAACAUCAAGAACAAUAAUAAUGCUACAGUAGUAUCACCAUCUCCAUCACCUAAACCACAUUGUGAUAAUGAUACUCACAUUGAAAAUGAACAUCUUAUCAAUGUUUGAGAAUACAUCAUGAUCAAAUAGUUCACAUGAUCCUAUUCUGUCAUUCUUUCUAUUUUAUUUUUAGUUUAUCGAAGAUGUUAGCAUGAUUUUUCUAGAAAGUGGAUUAUUUUUGGAAUAUCCCUCUUAUCGUUAUUACAAAAUAUAAGCAAAAAAAAAUAUAUAUAUAUAUAUAUAUAUAUAUAUAUAUAUAUAUAUAUAUAGCUUACAAUGCAGUGUAUGUUGAUAUUACAAUGGGUUUAUUAAAAUCACGAUGAUUUACGGUGAUUUGUCAAAAACUACAUUUUAUAGUUUCUGCAAAAUUACGGUAAAUUACUGUAAUUCUAGCCUACUUGAUGUGAUACCAAUGUAAUGUAAUGAAUGUGGUAUAUAUGAGUUGGGUAAUGAGAUGAUAUGGUAAGAAAUGUUAUUAGGCAAUUGAAGAAUGAAGGAAGGAUAUUAGUGGUAAGCUUUUGCUAUCAAAAAACUGUUGGCAGUCACGUGAUGUGUUUACUUUAAAGAAGGGACCACUCAAAGAUGCAUGAUUGGAAUUCAGUGAAACACAUGUGCACCACUCAGUGACAUCAAUAUCAAAGAGAAGAAAUAAACAGUACAUGGUUUUUUGUUGGUGUCUGCUUUAACUAGAUGGGGUUUAUGUAAUGUAAUGUUGGAGAUUCUUUCAUUUUUUUUCUUUUUUUUGUUGUUAUUAUUUGUUGUUUGUCUUUGAGUUUUUAUUUAUGGUGUUUUUCAAUUCAAGUUGGAAAACAAAGACUAGUGGAGUUUUAUUGGGAUGGAUGAAAGGAAGGUGCAUGUCAGUGAAGUCUUUGCCUCCUCUAA